AUGCUAGCUUCAAGGAUAGGAUCUAAAGAAGCACUGCGUUACAAGCUUGGGUGGGUUUCGAGGAGAUCGUUAAGUGUCUGCAUAACGGGUAUCGGCAAUCCAGAGCCACAGUACGCUUUGAGUCGACACAAUGCAGGUCUUUUAAUGCUAGACCUGCUGAAAGAACAGCUUUCAAGAUCGUCGUCCAAACCCUAUCUGCCGUGCAAUUCAAAUGGGAAAGUGAAACGAUGUCAGCUGGACGAUAUCAUGCUGCUUCGCGCGGAUGGCGACUAUAUCAAUCUGAGUGGGAAAACUGUCACUCCGCUGUGGAAAAAAUUGGGCUCUGGGAUCCAACAUGUGGUGGUACAUGACGAGCUAAGUUUGGCUAUGGGGAAAGUGCAACUCCGUAAGCCCGAUUCGAGUGUCAGGGGCCACAACGGUCUGAAAGACUUGACGAAACAUUUUGGUGGUAAUUUUUACCGGCUUGCGGUUGGCAUUGGACGACCGUUGCAGAGAGAUCCCGACAUUGUGGCCAAAUACGUGUUAUCAAAAUUUACAAACCAAGAACUACGGACCAUACAAACGGAAAGCCUCUUCAAAGCCAUGGAGCACUUGCAGAAGGUACUACCAUCCAUUAACAAGAGUUCCUAG